AUGGGUCUGGACCAAUCCGCGCUGCCCCAGCUCCGCGCUCGGACCGGGCUGCGGCGCAGACGUCUCGCCGCGCUUGCGGACACACCCCUGCAGACCUGGCCCCGUCCUCCCAGUUUCCCUUCCCAAAUGCCUCAGAAUCGUGAUCACAGCAAUCAAACGACUCGGUGGGUCAUGGGAAGCCCCCAGGGUCCCCAGGAGGCGCCCAGGGUCCAAGGCCCGGGGCCGGGAGCUGCUACCGAGGACGUAGAGGCGCUAGGUCCUGCCUUCUACCCUAAACGUUCCUUUAAGCCGGAUUCCCAGGGGCUGCAGGCGGCCCUUCCUGCAAGUCGCCGGGGCAUCGCAGGGCAUCUGCUGCCCCCUAUCGGUGGGAGGGAGGGGAAGAGGGAGAAUCGCCUUCUACACAAGACUUUAAGCCGGAAGACGCCCCGGCGGAGGGUCUUCAGGACGACAACGGAAAAGUCCCACUACACGCUCAGAGCGCUGGUGCUGGCGCCCCCAACUGCCGGUGGCAGCAGGAGAUCCGGGAUCCAGUUGGUCCCCUCCGAGGGUUCCGCCCGCCCGCGCUGGCGGUGGGGCCCUCCAGGGUCGCUGCGAGUCUGGGAGAGGAAGGAGGCUCCGCUGGCUCCGUUCUCCCUCCCAGCUCGCCGUGGCCAUGGCCCCGCCAAGUCUCCGCUCCCGAGCGGCCGCAGGUGCCGAGUGGCCGAUCCCCGGAGCGAGGGAAACGCGGGCCUCGCCGCCCCAUCCCGUCCCCGGCUCCAGGAGGGUCUCCGGCGGGUGGCCGCGUCCCCUCGGUCCGGCGCCCCUUCCCCGCGGCCUGUGGGCGCGGCGCGCAGGGGCGCGGGCGGGCGGCGGCUCCCGGGCGCGGGCGGAAGGCGCGGCACCGCCUCGGUCACGGCCGCCGCCGGGCUCAGGCGGAAGCCCGGGCUCCGGAGGGGCGGGGCCGCCGCGCCCGGCGAGGCCCAGGGCUCCGGGCCCCGGCGCGCCCGUCGGUGCAGCAGCGGAGCCCCGGCGGCCGCCGCGCCCGCCAGGCACCGAUGGCCCCUGGUCAGCUUCAGCGCCCUCCCCGCGCGUGGUGGGGCGAGGCCGUGCCCACGCGUGUCCGUCCGGCUGCGCGUCUGUCACUUGCACACUCGGAGCCCCUCCGGCCGCGCAGGCCCCGGCUCUGGGGUUGGCGGCUCCCGCGUCUGCCACCUCCAGGACCCGGAGCCGCCAACCCCAGCCUCCCGGCGAGCCGGGACUUCCCGGAUGGGGCCAUGCUUUCCUUCCAGGACAACCAGGGCUCCUCCCCUCCCGGCGAUCUUUCUAGGAGGCCACCUCCAGAGAUUCCGAGGCGAUUUCCUCCCUGCCGGUACCAAACCGGUAACUCCUCUCACUGAAGACACCAGGGGGACUGACAAGCUGAGUGAGUGGCGAGGGACCACCACCACCGAAAAACCCAGCGUUCCACGUGCGCGGACUGUUUUGAUCGCACUCAUUACCUGUCAGCCUCUGGCCAGGCAACAGCCUCCCAAACCUGCAGAGGCACUGUUUUCUACCCAGCAUUUCCGGUUGUACUUGUGGCAGAAUUUCCUACUGCUGGAAGCUUAUGAGUGGGCAAAUACUUUCUGUACCUUCUGAGACCACGAGGGCAUGCCAAAACCAGCCACUUGAACAUUAUUCGCAAUAACCAAGAUGUGGAAGCAACCCAAGUGCCCAUCGACUGAUGCAUGGGUAAGGAGACCAGGUCUGAGAAUAUUCUGGAGUCCUCUACAGAGGGGAGGGCAGUGAUUGGCAACUCCCAUCUCUUUGCAAACAAGAAGCCAUGUUCUCUGGAGGUUUCCCUGGAAAGGCCAAGAAUUACAUGAACUUCCAAUUGAACGAUCUACUGGAAUAUUCUAAACCUGUUUCAUGUUUAUCAUGGCGGUUGGAAUGGGAAACUAACGAAGCUCAGAUUGUUCACUCUAGGGGAAGCCAGCUGCCAUGCCAUGAGUGUAUUCAACCAGCCCUGUGGAGAGGUCCCCAUGGUGAGGAACUGAGGCCUCCUGCCAACAGCCAUGUGAGUGCGCCAUCUUGAAAGCAGAUCUUUCAGGCCCAGUCCAGCCUUCAUAUGACUACAGCCUCAGCCAACAUCUUUGCUAAAACCUGAGGAGAGA